AUGUAUAUUAGUUUUCAUCUGUGUAUAGCAGUACUGUGUUCAUUUUAUAUAUCGGAAUCGCGACAAGACUAUUAUUCAAUUUUAGGAGUAAGAAAAAAUGCAACAGAUAGAGAAAUUGAAAAGGCAUUUAGAAAAAAAGCAAAAAAACUCCAUCCAGAUGCAAAUCCAGGUAACGAAAAGGCGUUUUCAGAGCUGUCAAACGCCUACGAGGUAUUGAAAGAUCCUUCCAAGAGAAAAACAUACGAUAUGUACGGAGAAGAAGGUUUAAAACAAGAAGGACCACAAGGACAUCCAUAUCAACAUUAUUACGGAGAAGGAGGGCAUACAUUCUUCUCAUUCGAAGGGUUUGACUUCGACGAUGUGUUCGCCCAUUUCAAUUUCGGAGGAGGACAUAAAGGAAAUAAAAGAGAACAACAAUUUCAAAGCUCUAUUAGCUUUGAGAAUACCAUCGUGGAGGAAAUAUGCCCUAAGAAUUAUAAUAACACAGUAAAAAAUAUAAGAGUUUUAAAUUUAUACUAUUUUUUCAUGUCAAACAGCAGAACCUGCCAAUCUGCACAAAAAGGGUUCGUGGAUACAAUAACUAAAUUCAAAGGAGCUUUGAAUGUAUACGCAAUAAACUGCGAUAAACACUCAAAUUUCUGUAACAAAAACGUUCGAUCAGUACCUCACCUAAUCGCAUAUAAUAACACAUCACCAGAUCCAAUAGUAUUUGAAAACGAAGAUUACACACUAAAGCUGGAAAUCUGGCUUCACAAAAUCAUGCCAUCAGAGCUUGUGGAAAUUAAAGAUUAUAAACAUUUGAAAGAUUUUAUAGAAAACCAACCAAUCACACAUGUAAUAUAUAUAUUCAUGUAA